AUGGAUUUUAUGGAUUCAGAGACACAAGCACCAGAUGAUUCACCAUUUUGGGAAACGGAUCAUGACAUGCCUCCUCCACUUGCUGCUGAAUGUAAAAGCUUUAAGUGGAAAGUAGAAGUCAUAGAUAAUGACGGAAAUAUCGAAGGCAAAAUGGUAACUUCUAAAGAUGUCUGGAAAUUUCAAAACAGUAGAGUGAUUGUACAUUUUGACGAAGAUAGCGCUCAACCAAUUGGAGAGUCAGGAGGUCUACUAGGAUCUUGGCUAGGUCAAUUAAGCAAUGAUGUGAAUUUGCUGCCCAUCAACUACAGUGAUUGGAGGAUGUCCAAAUUCAGGUUUGAUGAUCCAGAAAUGAGAAAAUCAUUUGUGAUGGGAGCAUUAGGCAGCAGGUGCAAGGAUGUCAAACUACGACUUUGGAAAGAGUAUAAGCGAAAUACUCUAAGUGAGACAUUGCAGAAUCGACCUGAGAAGGUUUCAGAAAAUCAAUGGGAUCAUUUCGUUCAUAUGAGAUUCACUGAAAAGUGGAAGAAAAUGCAAGAGCGAAAUACCAAAAACCAGAAAAAACAUACCAUGCCUCACGUCUGUGGAAGAAAAAGUUUUUCAAGAAGAAGAAAUGAGAUUAAAAUCAAGACCGGAAAAACACCACGUCGAGCAGAGUUUUUCAUCGAGACUCGCACAAAACCUAAUGGAAGCUUUGUAUGUGAAGAAGCAAAAGAACGCGCGGAAGCUCUUACUGAUUUAAUAGUUGAUGGGAUUGAAGAAAAGAUAUCUGCCUGGACUUUCCUACCAAGAGAAAAAGGCGGUCCCAUCAAGCUAAGAAGUUACACGUCGGAAAAUUCAGGCAAGAAGUUGGAUUAUUUUGAAGAAGAAUCUAGCUCAGUUUUGCAUGAAUCUUUGUUGGCAACCAUCAUUCUUUACGUCUCAAACACAACUCAAGGUGGAGAGCUUCUCUGGUCAGUAAAAACCAAACAGAGUUGGUCAGACUGCUCACAGACCAGUAACAUGUUAAGACCAGUAAAAGGAAACGCAGUUCUGUUCUUCACCAGACACUUGAAUGCAUCUUUGGAUCAGACAAGCAAUCAUUUUAGAUGCCCUGUGCUGAAAGGAAAACUGUUGGUGGGGACAAAACUGAUAUACACCAAGAAACAAGCAAGAAAUUAUGAUGAUGAUGAGAGGGGUGAAUGCAGUGAUGAAGAUGAGAACUGUGGACACUGGGCUCAGCUUGGGGAGUGCAAGAAGAAUCAUGUUUAUAUGAUUGGCUCUCCUUACUUUGGUACCUGCAGAAAGAGUUGUAACGCUUGUUGA